UCAUCAACAACAAGCGGGCUACCAGGGGAACCCCAGGAGUUCUUGUAGAGAACAACCCGCCAUGUCGGUGUUCCCUCAAUCCGUCAGUAAAGCACGCCAGACAGCCAUCGGCGUGUAAAUGGCGGUAUUACAUUAAUCGAGCGUCAAAGGAAGGAUCAAUUGUGCAAAGCAACGCGUAUUCUACAUCGCGGUACAGGAUUGCUCAGAUACCAUUGAAGUCACGAUUCAGUUUCAACUACACGCAAGAGAUAACGCGUACACCGCCUCCUUGACGCAUGUGGUGGCGGGAGUACAUUAUUAGGAUGUCUGGCUACGCGAAAAUUUCUGUAAUAACCGUUCAACGCAAGGUAUGCUCAGAAGGGUUGGAAGGCGCUACAGGAAGUCAACCUAUCGCACACUUUCCAAGUUAAAACAAUUCGAUGACAGUUCCCGCCUGCAAAGUCGACACAAUGGAGCGUCUGUCAUCUUCGAUGCUCCACGAAGAGGCUAUCAUCUUCCGCCCUUCACAAUGAGGCUGCUCAUACUUUCAGUUCUCGCCACCGUGGCUGUCGCAACGUCGUCUACCCGGCGCAAACGCGAAGCUUACGCUCUUCCUGAUGGCGCUGAACUCCUCAUCGGAUCCGUGAGAACAAGCUUCCAGUGCCAGAGCAACGGCUACUACGCCGACGUGGACAACAAUUGCCAGAUUUUCCACGUCUGCAAUGUCGUCACGCACGCUGACGGCAGCACGGAGAUGCAGCAGUACAGCUUCAUGUGCGGGAACCAAACUAUCUUCAACCAGCUCACGUUCACGUGCUCCUUCGAAGACGAGGCGGUUCCUUGCCAGAACGCGGCGGACUUCUUCUAUUUGAACGGCAACCUGGGCGAUGAGAAGUCCCUGUUUCUGAACGACAACGACAUCGAAAGAGCUGUGCCUUUGAUUGCAGUCUACGGCGGCCGCGCAGCAUCAGCUACGUCCCGUAAGGAAGUCCUCGUUCAAGUACCACCUCACCGGGCCGUCGCGACUGAUGAAUCUGCUGUGCAUUUAGAAGAAGUUCAGGAUGCAGCGGCUGAAGCUCAGGCUGCUUCCUCUCAUACCGAAACACACGCUGAAGCUCCCGAUGACGCUGGCAGCACCGGUGUGAAGAAAGAAACGCUCGACGCGUCCAACUCAAAGUAGAAGUGACCAGUUGUGUUUUCACCUAAAUGCUCACCUCAUGUUCGCACCGUGAACAUCUUACCUGUAUCGUGCCUUUUAUUCUGGUCAGUGUGCUAAGUGUGCAUGUUGCAACGUAAAACUCUCUCAUCGCUUACUUUAUCUGAACCUGAUACAUUCAUUACAUGUUGUGGCUCGCCCAGGUUAAAGUACACUAUAACUUGUAUUUGUCACACUCACUCUGUGACUUAUACAGAGGGUGCUAUCUCUUGAUCUUGCUACACAUGUUGUCUCGAUGUGCUGCGUGCCAAAUGUGUGUAACGUGAUGGGUUUCAACGGCGGUUCUUCGUGCCUCUGCUUAGCUUCACUAUGUUCUUGGAGUUAUGUGUGCCGCAUUGUCUCGUUGCUCUUAAUCUACCUUGUCAGAAGGAACUCGCUUAUUUCAGGUUAUGACCUUCGUCAUUUUUAUUCCCGGCAAGACCAAAUGCGUGUUUCUUUGUUGCUUUCCUACUGUGCUCUUAUCUAAGGACGUUCCUCAUAAUUUUGUAAUCGGUGCAGCUUGCGCAACUUCGGUCUAUAAUCUGCCUGUAAUUAACAUCGUGCUUGAAAGGGAAGAACAGGUGCAGGUAGUGGCGCAACUUGCGACGGCUGCAGAGAAGGCCUCCCAUGACUUGCAGCUUUGAUAUGAGGGCGACAUCACUAUAGGACAUCCUUUACCCACCACAAUAUUCAGGGCUGCUGCAGUGCUGCUUGCAACCCAUCCCUAUAUGCUCCGCAGAGCUCCAGCGAUAUUAUUUCUUAUUCCGGCGUCACUAGUCUAGCACCAUGAACUCUUCUUGAAUAUAUGUACGCUUUGCCUCAUGAGUAGAGCUCUACCGAAUACUAGCAUGUGUGAGCUCUGUACAAGCUUACAUACAGCUUUGUGUCGUAGCUUGUUCACCUCGUAGCUACCAUUCAUGUUACUGUGUUUUGUACUGGUUUUCGUUGCAAAUCAUGUAAAUAAAACUUGAUGAUAAAAAAAACUGGGCAUACGUCCUUUUUCAAAAGAGUACAUUUGCUAAGUCUAUUGUUCACCUUGUUCCUGAUUUCAACGAAUUCAGGAAUAAGGGACCUCCUGACAGUGAAG